AUGUACUACAACGGCAAAAAAUCAUUCAUUGGCUAUUGGAGUGAACAGUCCAUUAUUCAUGCUGACAAGGUCUUCGUUCGCCAUGCUACUGGAGAUCAAGAUACAUAUGGAGCCUACAAGAAUCUUUCCUACGAACAAGUUGAUAGAAUGUCAACAAAUCUUGCUUGCGAGUGGAGUGACAGUCUUCAAGGAGUAAAGUCUGUGGGGUUUCUUGGUGACCAUUCUGUAUCCUAUCUUUUGGCGCUUCUGGCUAUUAUGAAACUUGACAUACUUUUUAUUGCCCUCUCCCCACGUAACUCGCCAAGUGGAAUAGCCAGUAUACUCAAAACUAUGGAAUCGACUUUUAUUGUUACCUCCCAAAAGUACAAUAAAUUGGCCCAAAAUUCAUCCAAAGAGAUGGAAAAAUGUGGAAUCUUUACACACGAGCCGCUUGAUAUAGAGAUCAUGUCAAACCAACCUCUCAACCCUUUCUCAACCGAGAUCAUACCUUCCCACCCUAAAGUCAAUCCGGAAAAACCUGUUAUGGUUCUCCAUAGUUCUGGAACAACAGGCUUUCCAAAACCAAUUCUACUAAGCAAUCGCUACAUGAUGAAUAUGCUGUUUUUCUUUAGAGUAUGCUUUGAUGAGACAUACCGAGAUAUAGUAUAUGAUUCAUCAACAACCUUUCUUCCUUCAGCUCCACUGUAUCAUCUAUUUGGACAAAUAGCGUUUUUUAGCAACAUCAGCAUAGGAGCCAGUGUCGUUAUUAUGAGACAGCUUCCUCCAUCUAUUAAAGAAGUAUUUUUUGCUCUUAAGCAUAAUAGGUGUACUAUUGCAGCACUGCCACCAUUGAUCCUUGAACAACUAUUGUACUACUGUAACGAGGAAAAUGAUUUUUCCGCCUUACAGCAAUUAAAAAUAACUUUCUUUGGAGGCGCACCUCUCAAGCAAGAAAUCGGGAACUUUUGCAAAGAAAAAGGAAUAAAUGCUUGUAGCGUAUACGGUAGUACAGAGAUUGGUCCAUUCAUGGGAAGCAAUUUCUCUCCUUUUAGUAACAGUUGGAACAGCCUUAGAUUACCCUCGAUUGUAAAGAAUCACUGUUUUUGGGAGCCAUACCUGGGUGAUACAGAGCUUAAGCACCUAGUGGUUAAGGCUGGAAGUCCUUAUUCUGCUAACAAUAUAUCUAAUCGAGAAGAUGGCCAUUUUAGCACCAAAGACCUUUUUAAAGAAACUCCACCAAAUUCUGGUCGUUAUAUUCAUUAUGGAAGAAUGGAUGAUACAUUAAUUAUGCAAAAUGGAGAAAAGACGAAUCCUUUGCCAAUGGAAGCCACCAUUCGCCAAUGCCCCAUCAUUUUCCAAUGUGCUGUAUUUGGUCAAGGACGCCAGUGUACUGGUGUAUUGAUCGAACUCUCUUCUGAAGAAUGCCAAAAAUAUGCUCCAGAUGAGAUGAUAGACCUAGUCUAUUCGGCUGUCCAAAAUGCAAACAAAGAUGCCCCUUCCCACAGCGUAAUCCUUAAACAGAUGAUAAAGAUUCUUCCUCUGAAUAAGAAGCUACCAUCAACCGAUAAAGGAACUAUAGCACGCAAGAGAUCAUAUGAGCAAUACAAGGUCAUUAUCGAAAAGCUAUAUAUGGACUUCUUGGAAACUCCAGAAAACACCUCGUCUCGUGCAUUGAAUAACACCACUGAAUGGGCCCCUGAAAAAGUAAAAGCGUUCCUGAUUGAGAUUGCUGCCGAAAUUCUUGGUGUCACCUAUGCAGAUCUCAAGGACACACGCCAGUCUCUCUUUGAACUUGGUCUCAACUCCCUCCUUUCAAUCCAAUUGCGUAACCAAAUCUCUCAAGUCUUUGGCACGAUCUCGCAAAACUUUUUGUUCCAAAAUCCAACAAUUGAUCAGAUCCAGCAAGCUUUGUCUUCAGGAAAUGUAUCAGACACUACAUCAAUUCAACAGAGCCUAAGCAAGACCGAAGAAAUCUUAGACAGCUAUCUAAGACGGGCCAGCCAAGACUUUGAAAUCACUAAAAAUUCCUACGUCAAAGGCCAAGAUCAAGUAGUUUUGCUCACGGGUGCAACUGGGUCGCUGGGAUCAUUCAUGCUGAGGGAUCUCCUCAAGUCUCCUCAAGUCUCCAAGGUCUACUGUCUUGUUCGUGGUAAAGAAUCCGGAGCACUCAACCGAAUCUACCAUGCUUUUGAGAGCCGAAGCCUCGAUGUCUCGCUCUUGAGUUCACCAAAGCUUGUCGCCCUACCAAUGAAUUUGACGGAUGAGAAGCUGGGUUUCGCGCAUGAUUUCUACUCCAAACUCAAAUCAGAAGUCACUAUUAUCCAGCACUGUGCCUGGCUUCUUGAUUUCAACCAUACGGUCGAACAUUACGACAAAGAGUGUAUUAAAGGUCUUUACAAUCUGGUCAAAUUUGCUUACCGACAGAUCAACCCCAUCCACCUCCACUUUAUUUCGAGUAUCAGUGCAAGCGCAGGCUGGGGAAACACUAUCCCAGAGUCACCUUUGCCACGUAACACAAAGGUUGCAAUGCCAAUGGGAUACGCACAGUCAAAAUACAUUGUUGAGCACCUUUUCAAUUAUCUCACAAAAGAAAAGAACUUUCCAUGCAUUAUUGAGCGACUCGGUCAGGUCUGUGGUGACUCUAUAAAUGGCGUGUGGAAUACAAGUGAGCAGUACCCACUUAUGUUUAUCGGUGGUGGCAAUAUUAUGAAGAAAAUGCCCUCCAUAAAUAUCAAUGUUGAUUGGAUUACUGUCGAUUAUGCAUCAGCUUGCAUUGUUGAUAUCAUGCUCAAGACAGCUGGUGCUAUUUCUUUAGCAGAAGAUUCAGUGUAUAAUAUUGUCAAUCCUCGAAGAGUUGUGUGGAGGGAUGUUUUAAGUGCCAUGAGAUUGUGUGGCAUGGAAUUCAAGACUGUUACACUUGAAGAGUGGAUUGCACAACUGCAGCAAGAUGACAAGAGUCCAGCUUCCAAGUUAUUACCUUUUUAUGAAACUAAUUCCAGUGACUAUUCUGGAAGGCAAGUAUGGAGUACUGACAGGUCAUGUCGUCUUUGCCCAUUUCUUAACGAAGCACCUACAUUUGAUUCUCGGCUGCUCAAAAAAUACAUAUCUUACUGGAAAUCCGUAGGAUUUUAUAAGGAGAACCUACUAUAA